AUAUGGGCGGGUAUAGAGGAUCUCCACCAAUCAGCGAUCGCUCAUUGCGAGACAAGUUUCCGGUGCGAUCAAGAUGGCGCUACGGGAGAUUAGCUCGCUAGAGAAAUAUUUAGGAUUAAAGAAGCCCAAUAAAUACAGCACACAAGGAGAGAGGAAGGUUCCUGUUCUCCAAAACAACAAUGGUCCAGCAUUGGUUGGACUGGUCACUGUAGCUUGUCAUCUGGUUAAUGAGGCCAAGAGAGGAGAGCUGCUGGGUGACAGUGCUGAACAGAGAGCUGUGGUCCGACAGUGGAUGGAGUACAGAAUAACUCGAGUGGACAGCUGUCCGAAAGAUGAGCUUAAACUUAUCCUGAAGGAACUUAACCAGUACCUGGAGGACAAGGUUUACCUCGCUGGAAAUGUAUUCACGCUGGCAGACAUUCUCAUGUAUUACGGGAUUCAUCACAUUGUUGUGGAAUUGGCUAUACAGGAGAAAGAGCAUUAUCUGAACGUCACCAGAUGGUUUGAUCAUAUCCAGCACUAUCCAGGCGUACGGCACCAUCUGCCUCUUGUAGUAGUUCUGAGGAACAGAGUCUACCCGAGUGGCCACCACUAAACUCUGGGUUGUCAAAUAAACUUGGGUCACAAUAUCAACCCGCACAUGACAAGAUGAGCUUUUAUUUUGUGUUGUGUUUUCUGGAGCUGGGCUUUCUUAGGUUUGUUUGUUUGUUAGCAUUUUUGUCUAUUAGUAAUGUUUUAUAAGUGAAUUUAUUAUGAAUGUUUUCAUUUUAUAUAUUUUGUUUAUCCACAUCAUUCUUUGGUCAUGAUAUGAAGCAGUUUUGUUAAAGAUCUGAAUUCGUAUCCCAGUACAUGAAAGCAUAUUACAAAGGGUUAAAAUCAGUGUAAGUAAAUUUCAGAAACUGUAGCCUUGACAUUGAGAGUCCUCAUUUUACGAACUAUGCCUUGCACGUUCACUUAAUCUGUAGUACAUAUGUGGACAUAUGAAAGUCAUAUUUAUGCUAUGUCCACAUUUUCUCAGGUUUGUGUUUAUUUAUUUAAACCGUAUGCUGUCUUGUGCCAAUGAACGAAUAAAGGAAAACUAUCAGUG